UAUGGAGGGGGGGUAAUGUAAGCAGCAUUAUCUGGGUCCAAACGCGUGUAUCUGGAAGGUGAGGCCAGUCAGCAGCUGUCUGCAAAUCUGGCAAAUUGUGAUAAAGGGAGUCCGUCAAUAAAGGGAGGGAACACUGGCUGGUUGUCUAACUCCUGCCUGUAAUCGUCCAAAGCCCGACGUCUUCCACAUGAGGGGACGAUAUGAGAAGAAUAAAGUCGUGGAAUAUAAGCUCGCAAUUUCCAAAAAAAAAGAAAGAAAAAGAAAAGAAAAGAAAGAAACCAUCAGCAAAGUAGAGGACGAGAACAAACACCUUCAAGAAGAAGAGAUAAAAGCAUGAGAAUGUUCCUGGUUGUCAGCACGUACAGCAGACAUGUUAUGGCAGCAGGGGUGAUUCUAGGAUCAGAGGUUUAGGGGUGAUGAGCACCCAGAGGUGCCCAGCCAGGCAAGAUAAAUUUCACUGUUUUGUACAUUUUAACGCCAUUUCAUUCCCACAAUUGUUGAAGAAAAGCAUAACAGUUUUUUAAAAAGUCUGUAACUAAACCAUCCAAUCUGAUAAAGGUUAUUUAAAAGCUGAGUCACAGCAAAGGAGGAAUGCACUGGUAUCUUAAAAAAAACAUAUCGUAACCCUAAUUUCUGGGAAAAGACGACUCAUUUAGAUACAGAAGCUCCUCAACAUACACUCAAACAGCAUGUAUGUUUGUGGAGUAAACCAGCCCCCUAUACUGAGUACCAAAAACACCAAAAAUGGACCUUGGACUUAUUUUUUUACUUUUAUUUGAAAUGCGAUGCACAGCAUCUCUUUCCCUGGUCUGCUCUCUCUCAUCUCCCAGAGUCUCUCCCUGUUCUCCUCCUCCUUGUAUAGUGUCAUAUAGUGAAAUUAAACAAAUAGUAAAGCAUAUAGAUAUUUAGGAAAAUGUAAUGAAGACAUCCUGUUUAGAAUGAAGUCCACUGAUAUCUGUUAAGUGUGCUUCUGGAAAGCAUUUAAUGUGAGGAGAACACAUAACUUCCAUGACAUAUAUGUAAAAUUCUAUUGUGAAUGGAAUUAUCUUUCUUUGUCAGUUUAACAGGUGCUGUUUUGCGUGCCACUAUUCUCUGUUUGUUUUCUUACCUGGCUCUUCCUGACCUUGCACUCUCUCCUCUACUUCCCCUUUUUCAUCUCUCCGUCUUUGGACUGACAAUCAUACACAAAUAGAUUGUAAUCAACUAGAUGAAAAAUUACAUAAAUAUGAACAAAUACCAAUAAGAAUAUGAAUAAAUAACGUCCACUCUCUCUCUUUGUACUGUCAACCUAAAGGCAAAUAACCAAACAUAUAAACAUUGAUCCAACUUAAAACAUUACUUUUGAUAGAUAGACCAUUUGAUCUUACACUCUUACCUGAACUUGACUCUUUUUUCGAAAAAACAAUCUUAUGUCCAUGAUGAGGCUGUCUGUCUGCACACACACACACACACAAUAGGAGUUAUAAUGUUAAUGGGCAUCCAGUCAGUUAGCUAGUCAGUAGCACCUUGGCUUUAAUAUUAACACAUGCACUGACACAACAACUAACUUCUCUCAGUCCAAUUCAAACAGACACUGACCACCUGUAACGUUUGCUAGCUAGAAAAACGUCAGCUAACUCCUACCUAACAACAUAAACAGUAACCUAUGAUUAAAUGCAGCAAACAUGAGGACUUGUACUGAUAACAAAGUGUUGGUAUUGAGUGGUAGAAGUUAAGAAUUGUGCCACAUAUCCUAUUUUAAACCAGGUACUUACACUACUACUGCACAUUAGCUUCUGUGGGAGGCAGCGCUUAGCUCUGCAGGUAAAGGCUCAGAGUGAGUCCGAGUUGGGAAAGUUGGGCUGGAUCAAAACAUUUUUAGGCAAGAUAGGGGGGGAUGCUGUAUUUUUGUUGAUAAAACAUUACGUAUCAACCAAGUACUGUGUGAUUUUUACACUUUUCUGGUUUGUUAAAAAAAAGGACAUGCAAUACAAAAAAAAAUUUAUUAUUUUUUAAUUUUUCAAAUUUUACAGGUGCUGGGAUUCAAUUUAGGGGUGCUUGAGCACCCCCAAAAAUGGGCGAGAAACGCCUGUGUAUAGCAGUAGAACACAGGUGUAACUAAACAUUCAAAAUAGCUGCAUUCAAUUUAGGUGUCAGGAUCCUGGCGUUGUCUGACUGUAAAUCAGAGAUGAAUGGAAUUCUAAUUAAUGUCCUAACUGUCACUCGUGCUCUCCUACUAUGACAAAUUAAAAUAUCUUCCAUGAAUUAAAGUGGCACACCUGUCCACACCUUUGUUUGCUCUGACUUCAUUGUUACCCAUCUUCACAUUCUGCUGACUGUAGACUGCAUUUGUUCCAUCCUGGCCUCCACACUCUUACCUCCGCUGUCCCCCCCCCACCCCAGCGGCACUCCCAGACACACCACCUCCUGGGCCCUCUGUGUCUCUGGUCCAGGUCUGCAGGAAUGUUGAGUGUCUCCACAGCCCCCGUCCCUGGAGAUUAGACUUCGCCAUGCGUGCCCCCCUCACUUCAUUCCAUUCCAAAGUGUGCCCCCUAAGAGCUGCCGCAUUUUUAUCUGAGCCCGGUGAUUGUGACAGAUUGGCCAAAUGACACACAUACACAGACACACAUUCACGGACGUACAAUGAGGCACAAACAGAGGGAGGCUGCUUCGCCCAGGGAGGGACCAGACAGUGCCAGACUCCAGCUAUAAAACCCUCCCAGGAUGAGGCCGGAGUCCUGCUCUGAGCUGGACAGUACCUUCUUCCGUUGUGCCAGGACACUGUCAGGACAGGCAGCAGACGAGCCUCCAACAUGAACGACAUCUACAAGGCAGCGGUUGAACAGCUGACAGAUGAACAGAAAAAUGAGUUCAAGGCCGCCUUUGACAUCUUCGUCCAAGACGCAGAGGACGGCUGCAUCAGCACCAAGGAGCUGGGGAAGGUGAUGAGGAUGCUGGGUCAGAACCCCACACCGGAGGAGCUGCAGGAGAUGAUUGACGAGGUGGACGAAGACGGGAGUGGCACGGUAGACUUCGAUGAGUUCUUGGUCAUGAUGGUGAGAUGCAUGAAGGAUGACAGCAAAGGAAAGUCAGAGGAAGAGCUGGCAGAGCUGUUUCGGAUGUUUGACAAAAAUGCAGACGGUUACAUCGACCUGGAAGAGCUGAAGAUGAUGCUGGAAUCUACAGGAGAGGCAAUUACUGAGGAUGACAUCGAGGAACUGAUGAAAGACGGGGACAAGAAUAACGACGGCAAAAUUGACUACGAUGAAUUCUUGGAGUUCAUGAAAGGAGUGGAGUAAUCCUGAAUAAGACAAGAUCCAGAGUGUUAUUUUUCUAUUUCUCUGUGACUCCACGGUCAUCUGUGGAAAACUGGAAGCCACUGAAAGAAACAAUGGGACGACUUUGCAAGAUUUAGUCAAAUGCUGUAUCUGAAUGUUUCUGUAUUUUUCUAUCACCUCUUGCAUUGUUGUAAAUACAGCUUGUGACAACUUUUGGUGUCCAUGUAGAUUGAAUUUGUGUAAAUCUAUCAAAAAUGACUUGUAUUUUCUACAGAGGCCGAGCAGUAUUCCCCUUUUGGCUGCUUUUUAAAGUCAACAUGGUGUUUGUUUCUGGUUAAAUCGUACCUCUGAAGUGCCACAGCCAGUUUACAGAUCUUCUUACUGAGAGAUAUUGUUUACCUGGGCAGAAAAUGUAUGUGUGCACACAGUUGAACAACUCCAUGAUCAACAUAGUUUUACACCAAGCUCUGUUAGACUAAUUAUAUUAUUGAAGCCAGUCUGUAGUGAUCCAUAUUAUGAUGUACACAUUGUAUACAUUUCUGUAAGUACCCUCAGGGCUUUUUAUUCCCCUCAUGUCCCUGGAACGUCUGCAUGUUUCUACAUGAAAGGUCUGUUUGGAAUGUGCGCUCAUGUAAUAAACAAGAUGCAUUUGA